UGCGACCACGAAGCUUCGGCAGCUGAAACUGGAUAACCAGACUAAGUUCCGUGAGACCAGGAGCUUGGUCUGUUGAUGACCGUUCUGUCAGAUGUUCCCCACACAGGGCUGGGCCCGUAAUAGGCCAUCAUCAAAUACUGGAGUGCAGCACGGAAUGAAUGAACAGUUCUCUGCUGGCGCAUACAGUGAUCCUUGUGGCUAGUCAGUUUGGAACCUGUACCCAGCACGUGUUACUUCCAUAGGGCGUUGCUGGAGAAGAAGCAGAGGAAGAAGCGCCUGGAGCCGCUCAUGGUCCAGCCGAACCCGGAAGCCCGGCUGCGCCGGUCAAAGCCGAGGGGCAGUGAGGAGCACACUCCCCUGGUGGAGCCGCAGGCCCCGCACAACGGCGUCGUCCUGCACGGUGUGUAUUCAGGCGCGCCUCUUCCCGCCGCAGCACCGCUCGCACAGACCCGGGGUGCAGGAAGACUCUCACGGGGACCGAAGGGGAGCAUUAGCGUCGUUACUGGCAUUGACGGUCCCGCUGCCUUCCUGAGGCCAGAUGCUCAGGACUUGGACAGCAAGCCUCAUGUUCUGUCAGUGGGAUCCUCUGCCGCGGAGGAGGACCCUGAGGGGAGCGUGGGUGAGGAGCGCGCCUGGGGCCCUGCUUCCAAGCCUGACCUUCAGGAGAUUCUCCAGAAACACGGCAUCUCAGGUAGCUUGAACUUUGAUGAAGAGGAGACUGAUGGGGAGGAGGAGGAAGGGAAGAAACUGAGGUCUCAUUCGCCAAAUUCAGAGACAGAGAGACCCAGUUCUGCGUCCAGCCAGAAGCCAGCCGCGGACACAGGGGCUUCCGGAGCUGCAGCCCAGCAAACUGAUAGCCAGCUGGGAGAAAUAGAGAGUUUAGAGGACUUUGCCUACAGUCCUGCCCCUCGAGGCAUCACAGUGAAGUGUCGGAUAACCAGGGACAAGAAAGGAGUGGAUCGCGGUCUCUUCCCCACCUAUUAUAUGCACUUGGAAAAGGACGAAAAUCGAAAGAUAUUUCUUCUUGCAGGUAGAAAGCGGAAAAAGAGCAAAACAUCCAACUACCUGAUCUCCACUGACCCAACAGAUUUGUCCCGUGAGGGGGAGAGUUACGUCGGCAAACUCAGGUCCAACCUCAUGGGGACCAAGUUUACAGUUUAUGACCAUGGUGUCAGCCCGGCCAAGGCCCAGGGCCUGGUGGAGAAGGCCUACACCCGGCAGGAGCUGGCUGCCGUGUGCUACGAAACCAACGUCCUCGGGUUUAAAGGCCCUCGGAAGAUGUCUGUGAUCGUUCCCGGGAUGACCAUGAAUCAUGAACGGAUCCCAUUUCAGCCACGAAAUGACCAUGAGAGCUUGCUUUCAAAGUGGCAAAGCAAGACCAUGGAGAACUUGAUUGAACUGCACAACAAGUCCCCAGUCUGGAAUGAUGACACCCAGUCCUACGUCCUGAACUUCCACGGCCGGGUCACACAGGCGUCUGUGAAGAACUUCCAGAUAGUCCACGAAAGUGACCCGGACUAUAUAGUCAUGCAGUUCGGACGUGUGGCCGACGACGUGUUCACACUGGACUACAGCUACCCGCUGUGUGCCCUUCAGGCCUUUGCCAUCGGGCUCUCCAGCUUCGACAGCAAGCUGGCAUGCGAGUGAGGGAGCGGCGGCGCUGGCCUUCUCC